AGCGCAGGGAAGCCGCACGUCAGAGGCAUAAUGGCGGAGGCUGGUUGAGAAGGAGAAUUACUCCGUGAAGCGGUGCUGAAACCAACUUCAUCGCCAGUCGACGAAGUGAUUAGUGGCCAAAAUGGCCUGUAAUCUGAACGAAGACAGAAAAUACGACCGGGAUGGCACCAAACCCAGCGGCUUAGGUCUGGACGGCAGCGAGAGCCAGGAACAAUUGUCACCCUCGACCACGACUACAUCCAAGCAAAAUGGCGAUCAAGCUGGAUGCGAAGACGAGCAAAUGUCUGAACAAGAUGCUGGUGAGCGGCGGAAGAGCGGGCUGUCAGAUAUGAAGAACUGCAGCACUUCGCCGUCUGCGCUGCACAGAUCAGCCGAGGAGUGGUCGCGGAAGACUUUCCAAAUCCCGCGGAAGAUUAAGGAGCGCAAAGGUUGUGUUCCCUCCCCUGGUCUGCUCCAGCAGUUAGUGCCAGAGUCAUGGGAGUUUGAGGAGCUUUUCAAACUCCUCUCUUCCUCAUACCUGGAUGCUUCGUCUCGAGGAGCUUUCACCUACACUAAAGCAUGUCUCAUUCACAAUGAGCUCCUGGAGAAAGAGUACGUAGAGAAGAAAAGGGAACUCAAGCAAGCUGGGCGGACAGACACUGAGCUUACCGACUCCUACGCUUUUCUGCUGCCUGAUGCAAAAAAGACUCGCUGGAUCUGUGAAAAGGGCCUUUCAGUGGGGCAUGCACGUAUUAACAAUUUGGGAAAUCCCAUUAAAGGAGUUUACCUUUCAAAAUAUUCAGAUUUGUUGCAAAUGAAUCCGUUUGAAGCAGGUGCUUCUGGGGACAUAAUCAUAUUUAAAGUUAUGAAGGGUAGAAUAAAGAGCAUAUUUGAAAAUAUGCCCAAGAGUAAUCUGGAACCUACACCUAAGUUUGAUUGCCACGUCCACAAAAACGCCAGCAAAGUCAGUUCGUUAUUGUCAUAUAGGGCCUUUGAGCUCACUCAGCAAUACUUUUAUGAGUUUGCGUUUGAGGAGCUGAGGUCACGGCCCAGACACGUGUGUCCCUAUGCUGUGGUGUCUUUUCAGUACAAAGGCAAGGAGUCAGCCACAGUUGCUCACAGAUUAAGCAGUGGCGUGCAUGAAGGACAUAGAGGUAAUCUGCCUCCAUCUGGACUGUUUAGGAUUUGCAGUAUUGAGAUUUUUCUUACUUUGAAGAAAAACCUAUUCUUAUUAAAGCCCUUAUUCUAUAUAUUAGGUGUGUUAGACAUGCUGACUCGAAUCUUCUGUUUCGCAGGAUGGCGCAGGUAUACAGUGUGGAGCGGCUCGUUGGUGAACAGGGGAGAAGAGCUGUAUCACGUGUGCAUCCGGUCGCCCAAUCUCCCCUUUUUGCCCCUCAAACUUCCUGACAAAAUUGACAUAAGUAUGGCAAUGCACCUUGAUCAAGUGAAGAGGAAGAUUCCCUCGACACUGCUUUCAUGGGAUGCAUAUAGUGGAACACAAGAGGCAAUGAAAUGUGGGAUGUACUGCAGCCUGUUUGAUGUCAUGGCAAAGACCAAGCAGGGAAACUGCCUGUCUGCCCUGCUACACAAAAUGGAGAAGGAAAAAAUGGUUCUUGUGAAGCCACUGGCAGAAAGAGGCUUUCUUUUCUUCCUGUCAUCAUCUCACCUGCACAGUUCUCAUGAGAAGCGAGGGAGACACGACAGAGGGUUACAGGCGCUUUUUGUUUUUCAAGAGUCACGAAUCACAGGCAGGUUAAUGUCCAAGCACGCUGGCCUACAUGUGGACACUCUGGUUCCAUUAGAGCCCAAAGACCCGAUCACUGAGCACCUAGAGACCUUUGCUCCUGCCCUGCAUCAUGCUUUCUUUAAACUGCGCUCCAAUCCACCCAAAGAUCUGGCUAGCGCAGUGAAAACCCGGGUUCUGGACUAUCUGAGUUUGACGGAUCAUGGCUCAGGGCGGCCCUUCUCUGUGCCCGAGUACAGGUCAAGCGUGGACGAACGACCCGGGCCAUACUCACCACAACGGCCCAAGAGCAUGGACUCGGUGCUGAGUGUGUAUGUCCAUGCACCUGCAAACUUCCAACUGGCCAUAACAUGCCUGCAGCAGGACGUGGAGGACAGUGGUCCUCCUAUGGUUGACGAAUACAGUCCUGUAUCUGACUGGAGUGGCUCGGGCAGCACCAGGACCGGACUGGUGCAAUCUAAUGGUAGUGGUGCUCAGAAGCCUCAAGGCGAGUAUGACAAAGAAAAGAUGGAGAAGCUGCUGAAACUGAUUCAACUACACAAACGGUCACUGGGCAAGGAGGAUGGAGGCAUGCAGGAGCGCAGCGAGGACUGGGAGCCAGCCGGGCACAAGCGGAGGCCUGAGGGUGACCUCUCAGCUGGAGUCAGCAAAUACCUAAAGACGGAUGUCUUGAGUAACGGAGAGCUAGGAAGAGUUCCUCAGGGCGAAACGUCCAUGUCCCUGUCGGCGGUGAUGGACAGCAUGGUGAUGUGUGACACAGACCUACGUGAGCAUGUUAGCCACCCCACAUCUAUCCAGGACACGCAGACUCUACUUAAGUUCUUUAUCACUGCUCUGAAGAAAGUGUCUCAAAGCACUGCUGCUUCUGCCAAUGCUGCACAUCUUAUGGUGCCCACGCAACUCCAGGAGAGCCUGGUACCUGAGCGGACAUGCGAGCCAGGUGACCCCACGGCCCACUAUGAGCGCAGCCUGCGAGCCAGACACACCGAGGAUGAGCAGGUCUCACUGGAUUACCUGGAGGAUCAGAUGGCAUGCAGUAUUGGCAGCGUGGACUUGUGCAGUCCAUCCUCCAGCUUCGAGCAACAGGUGCAGCUCCCUGCCGAAGCUAGUCAAAACCGCCUCCAAUGGAGAACAACCUCGACAGUCCCAGUUGCUGAGUGUGAGGCAGGGACAUCAGGUACAUCAGUGAAGGACAGCUCAGUACCUACAGCAGUACAAACGCUCGACUCCAUCCUGGACCAGGAGUUUCUGUCUCUCUGCACGGGCAUCCAGGAGCUGAUGGAAAGGCAGCAAAUAUUUUACAUUUCCCAGCCUACACUGCCCCGGCAUGAGGCUACGCCCAGCAGAUUGGAGUCCACCUUCUCUCCGUACGUCUCCGAAUACAUUUCACCUCUGCCGAUACAGGGUUACAUCAGCACGCUAUGCGAAAAGAUGAACCACAUGAUUGGCUCAUCUGCUGGUCCUCUACACCCUGUUGCUCCCAGUGAUGCAGUUCAACCUGCUAUUGCUGCUCCUCCUCCUCCUCCUCCUCCAUCUGUUGCUCCUCUUCCUGCUGCACUUAGUGCACCUCCUACUGUUACUCCUGCUGCUGUCCUCCCCUCCAGACAGCCAGCUUCGAAGGUUAAACCAGAGGAGUCCUUACACAAGGCGGCCAGCAAGCCACAGACGCUUGCGUCAACCCCGACACUGACUCCUACCCCAACUCCACCUUCUCUUGCCCCCAACCAACAGCCCUCCCCUUCCAGAAAAUCACACCCAGCGAAAAAGACAGAUGCAAAGGUUCCAAAUGUUGCAGACAGUCCCAAAUGCAUGCCCACACUAAGCACUGGUCUCUCAUUGAUACCCGAGGUGCCCCCUGAACCAGCCCAGACAGGUGCACCAGGAAAUGACGUGAUUGGCCAGCUCAAGCCAGAUGUGCUGUGCACACUGAUGGAGAUCAUGCAGAUGAACACAGUUCGGUUUUACAUUCAGCGAGGGGAUGAAGAGGAAAAUGAACUCUGCACUGAGAUUAAGGGUUACUUAGAAAACCUCGGCAACAUUGAGUGCAAUCCUCUGACGUAUCUGGAAAACAACUGUCAGCAGAAGUUUAUGGUCAUCAUUCAGAAUGAAGACAUAGCUUCUCAUGUUCACAAGAUUCCAGCUUUGGUGUCAUUAAAGAAGUUGACAACAGUGUAUUUUGCUGGUGUGGACAAUCUAGAUGAUGUGAAAAAUCGUACUUACAAUGAGCUUUUUAUGUCUGGAGGCUUAAUCGUAUCCGACGAAUUCAUCCUGAACCCAGACGUAAUCACUUUAGAGAAGCUUCAGGCAUUCCUGCAGUUCUUGGAGGAGCAGAGCAUGCCAUGGAAGUGGAAGGUACACUGUAAGACUCAGAAGAAGCUGAAGGAGCUCAGCAGGUCCAACAGUGAAGCUUUGGAUCUGCUAAAUCUGCUGACAACUUAUCAAAAGAAGCAUCUGGUGGAGUUCUUGCCAUACCACGAGUGUGAUGCUCCGUUACGACAAGCUCCAGAUCUGGACUGUUUGGUGAAGUUACAGGCUCAGCACACACAACUGCGACACAUCAUCUUCCUCACAGAUAAGUCCAUUGAUGUGCCCAAGUUUUCUAGUAAUGGGAUCAUCACUGCUAGCUUGAAUGACGUCAUGAGAGACUUUGAGAGCCUUAUUAGCAGGACUCGUGAUGAAGACUCCACCCUGCCCGCUGUCCCGGCUCCAGCAGAGCCAGAUGCGUGCAUGGACGAGGAGGACAUGUCCCUAGACUCAGAUGAGGAUGCAACCGUGCAAGCAGAGGGCAAGGCAGCGGAGAAGCGGGCCACUCUACCUCCUCAAACCGUGAAUGAGGACGUUCCGCCCCCUGUCUCUGAACCACACAGCUCAGACCCUCAGUCUUCUUGCCCUGUUAAUUACGAUGUUCUCAAGGCAGCCAUCUCGCAGUAUAAAGCUUCUAAGCAAGCUGGAAUAAACAUGACUGAGGGGGAAGACAACUUGAUUAGUUUUGGUGUGAAUCCCCACCAGAGCUACUUGUACCCCAGCUCGGCACAGUGGAGUCCCUAUUCUGGUUCUCCUGGCUAUCCCAUGAGCUCUGCCUAUUCUUCACCUGCAUGCUCAACAUCACAAGGCCAGGAAUACAGCCAAGUGAGCAACAUGAGUGUAACCCUGGCCAACACUGUCCCGCUGUCCCAACCUGCUAUUCAGACGAACCCCAACUCUUCUUGUGUGAACCCUUCUGCUAACGCUGCUCCCGCAGGCCUGUCCCAAACCUCCUGCAGCAAAGGGGACAUAGAUGGGCUGUCUUGCCCUCCACCCUUGCCUCAGGCUCAAACUCGGUCUCUUGCUGAAGACAGUCAGCCGUUUUUGCCUGGCUCUCAGAAUACACAGACUAAAGCCAUGGAACCUCCCGCCCUCUCCUCCUCCUCUUCCGCUUUACCUUGCAGUUUGCCCAGCUACCCAGAUGCUCCUGUAUUCCCUGGUCCCAUACCCACACCCCCUGCUCCACCCGUGUAUAACUGGGCAGCCCCAACAGGGCCGCAGAACAGCUAUGUGCCAGGAGUGAGCACCGCACCUUUCGGGAAGAAUGAAGGUGCACCUUCAGGUGAAGGAUUAUGCAUGGGGACUGGUGAAGGUUUGACUCUUAAUAGUAAAGUUGAUGGAAGUACAUCUGCAGGCAUACUGCCUUCCUCAGUGCAGUUCCAGGAUGGAGGGACUGCGAGGAGCACCAUGUUGGGCAAUGUAAUGCCCAGCAACCAGGCCAGUAGGACCUCAUUAAACUCUUGCACCGAGAGCUACAGAGGUGGCAUGGCACCUAUCCGUGGCAUGGCUGGAGGAUGCAUGCCUAAUAACCCCAGAGGGCUCCUACCCCGACCGGGACUUAUGAUGCGUCCCGCGUGCCGAGGAGGGCCUCACGGGCCAAUCCCACACGGCGGGAACCGCAUGUUUGGUCCCCGAGGGCCCAUACCAGGGCUUAUGGACAUAAGGCGUGGAGGCUUCAGAGGGAGAGGAAUGCCCCCCAUGCCCAUGAGAUCCAGACCAGGCAGAGGGUCAAUGUGGGGAGGAACGCACUGUAACCGGGGCCAUGGUCCUCCAAAGGAUUACUACUCAGACUACACAUACUAAAAUGUUGGGAGCAGUCAGUACUUAGACUACUGCCAUACAGAAUGUAUAUAUUCAACGUGAAGAGCACAUUUAAAUUUAAGGAAAAAAAAAAUUGGUUUUGUACCAUUAGCUCAACAAAUCAGACAUGAUCGUGUCACUCAGAAAUGCUCUUCAAUGAGUUGUUUGAAACCUUGUUCAGACCACUAUAUUUAUAUCGCCAAGAAAUGUAAUUGCCUUUCAAUGUUUCUUUUUGUGUUCUAAUUUUCAAAAUGGUUUGUGAACAAGGGGCAAAACGCAGGCAAUAUUUUUUUAAAAAGAAAAAAGUGAAUCACUCUUCAUUUUAGCUGCUUUUGUUUUUUUUUUACAUUCUUGGUUGUACAAAUGUUCUAUUAAACAAGGUUGUAUCAAACAUA